UUCUAUCAUCGCCUCACACUUGACACAUACUACAAUACAAUACCAACAAAGUUAAUUUGAAUAUAAAUGGCGGAAUACGGCAGGCAGACCGACGAGUACGGCAACCCGACCCGCCAGACCGACGACGAGUAUGGCACCCGCAAGAACGACGAGUAUGACAACCCGACCCGACAGACCGACGACGAGUACGGCAACCCGACCCGCAAGAACGACGAGUAUGACAACCCGAUCAGCCAGACCGACAAUGAGUAUGGCACCGGCAAGAACGACGAAUAUGACAACCCGACCCGCCAGACUGACAACGAGUAUGGCACCGGCAAGAACGACGAGUAUGACAACCCGACCCGCCAGACCGACAACGAGUAUGGCACCGGCAAGAACGACGAGUAUGACAACCCGACCCGCCAGACCGACAACGAGUAUGGCACCCGCAAGAACGACGAGUAUGACAACCCGACCAGCCAGACCGACAAUGAGUAUGGCACCCGCAAGAACGACGAGUAUGGUAACCCGACCCGCCAGACCGACGACGAGUAUGGCAACCCGACCAGCCAGACCGAGGAGUAUGGAAACCAUGUCCAACGCCCUGGCGGAGGAACUGACUCCUACAGCUCCGGUGGCAUGAAUCAUGGUACUCUUGGUGGAGAGUAUGGUACUCAGGGUGGAGGGAUCGGCACCGGCACUGGCGGAGGAGAGUAUGGUACUCAGGGCGGCGCAGGAGAGUAUGAUACUGGAAUAGGGACGGGCGGUGGGCGCUCCGGAAGCUCGGAGGAGGAGGAUGGGGAAGGAGGUGGGAGGAAGAAGGGGCUGAAGGAAAAGCUUUUCGGGAGCAAGAAGGAGGAGGAGGAGGAGGAGCAGCAGCAGAGCUAUAAUGAAGAGUAAGGAAUGAAGGAAAAGCUGCCUGCCCACAAUUGAACAUAUAUACUACAUACACCUACAGCUUCAGUUCAUUUGUAUAAUAAUUAUGACAAUAAGCUGCCUGCUCUUCAUCUUCAUGUUUGAGGGAGUUGGCUUGGCCUUGUGUUGUGUGUUUCUAUUUGUGUAUGUCUUCUUUUACGUCAACAUAAAUAUUACUCCUCUCUUUUCGUGCUGUUUA